AUCAUCUGGCUUGGCUACUUGUUUUAUUUUGCUAUUCUUCUUCAGGUUUCACCUGAGGAUAAAGGUGUCGACUUAUAUGUAUUGGAGAGAGCUAUGAUCAGCACUCACGUUGAUUCGGAGGAGAUGUUCAAGAGUGUUUUGGAAGGCUACAAAAGCGUAAAUCAAAAACAAGGAAUUGCUGUUCUCAAUUCUCAUCGAGUGCGUCACGGCCUUCUCCACAUGAAUAAGAAACACGAUGCAGCUCAAACCAAACGUGGCAAUCCGCCGCCCUCUGGACUUGUCAGUGGUAGAAUGUAUCUCACUAAGGUUGCAGAGCUGUCAGAAGAGUUCAAUGUUGACGCUUAUCAUAUCAGUGAUAUUCUUCAAAUAAUUCGCCCACAGCUCUCUAUUCACUUUAAUUUUGCGAUUGAUAUUGAAUGGUUGAUAAGGCAAUACCCAAUGCCAUGCAGAGAUUCUCCAAUUCAGUGCGUUGUUGGUGAGAAAAUGGGUAGCGAUAAAAGAUCUCUAUCGAAAGAUGUAUCUACUCUGAAAUUCGAAAACGUCUCCGUCUUGGGAGCUCCGCUUCCUAUUCCUUUUGGAACACAUCACACAAAGCUAUCCAUGUUCGAUUGCGAGGCAAAACUGCAUGUGAUUGUGUCGACCGCUAACCUCAUUGAAGGUGACUGGUGCGAGAAAACGCAGUGUUUUUAUUACGCCUGUGGAAUAGUUUCCGACACAAGGUAA